AGCACAUUUUCAAGGUAUAAGUGUGGAGGGGAGGAUAAAAACAACGCAAAAUUUUACUUGUAAACCAACAAAAAAAAAACAGCAACCAAUAUUUUUUGUUAACCUGGCAUUUGUGAUAUUAAUAUUUGCCAAAUUGAAAGCCUAAAUUGCUGUUGCCUUUGACCCGACAUGCAGCAAAUAUAUAAACACGAUUAAUAAUGCAGCAGCUGCUGUUGCAAUUGUUUUGGAGUAACAAAAAUUAGCUGCUGCUGCAGUUGGUUUCGAUUAAAGGGAGCGACGUCGCCGCCGCCGCCAACAAUACAACGGACGAUCGCCAACUAACUGCGGCGGCAUCCGCACGAGCUCAUUGUUCUGUGACUGUGACAUCGUUUAUCCCUCGCCCGUUGCCCGUUGCCCGGCUACAGAGGCAGCUGCGGCUGUAGCUAAAAAUGGAGUGGACCAGAGAGAAGACAUUGCUGCUGAUCAGCGAGUACCGACAGCGUCGCGGACUGUGGGAUAUGACAUGUGACGAGUAUCGCAAGAAGGAUGUCAAGCAGCGACUCUUGAACGAAGUGAGCGACGUCCUUGGCGGCAAUAUACCCAUACCGGAGCUGGAGAAAAAGUUUCAUACGCUGCGCACGCAAUAUCAUCGCGAAAUCAAUCGCAUGAAACGCAAGGAGCCAUACAAUUCAAAGUGGUUUGGCUUUAAGAAUCUCGUCUUUCUCAGCUCGCCCUUUGCGUGUCGCUCCACCAAAGGCCGCUCCAAGGAGGAUCCAUCAGCACAGAAAUACAUAUUGGGCGAGGUCAACACAGCAGCAGCAGCCGCAGGCGCAGGCUCAGAGGAAAGUAAUAAUAUGAACGACGAGUACAUUAUUGCGACGCGCAAGUCGCACGCCAGCAGCCGGGCGCAGGAGCUGGAGAAGCUUAUCGAGGAGACGACCAAAGAUGUAGAAGAUAUCGAUGACGAUGAGCCGGGCGUCGAGGAGGACGUCGAUACAAAGCCCAAGCUGAGCAAAGAGCUGAGCGGCACAUAUGUGCACAUUAACGAGGACGAGAGCGAGCCGCUCGAGGCGCACACACACCAUCAGCCGCAGCAGCAGCAUACCCAGCACCAGCAGCAGUCCAUGAUGGAGCUGCACCACUCGGCGAACGCUGUGGAGGCGGUCAGUUUUCAGGCCAGCGAAAGCGGCGAACUGCACUACCAGUCCACAUCCUCGUCGGGCAAUGCCGGCAAUAGCAGCUCCUCGGUGCAUGUGUUGCCCACGCGCAUUAUAAAGAUACAAAGACGCGACACGUCCAACCAGGAGAACGGCUACUUCGAGGAGCAGUCCACGCAGCAUCAGCUGCAUCCGCCGCCGCCGAAACGACUCUAUUUCGAUCCCAAUGGCACGCACAGCACCACAAUACUCUCUGCCUCCACGCUCGCAGCGGCCAACCAAAAUGGCAACAAUGUGCUGACCACGACGGCGGCCGGAACACUGCGUCUGCCACGUGUCAAUGCCAUAGUCAAUACGCAGUCGCUGUCGCUGUCGCCGCCCAAGCCAGCCAGCUCACCGAUACCGCCGCCCGCUGUCGCCAGUUCCAGUCUAACGCAACGCGACGAGUUCUCCACCUACGGCGAAUACGUGGCCAACGAGAUGCGCGCCAUUGGCAACAGGGAGCUGCUGAUCGCGCUCAAGCACAAAAUCAAUACGGCCAUAUUUGAGGCGAAUAUGGCCGAGCUGCAGAAAUGAUAUUGAAAUCGAAAUCGAAAUGGGUAAAAAUAUAAUCAAAUAUGAAGACGAGUUUUUAGCAAGAAUUUAUACUAAGUUUCCCCCAGUAAUUACAAUUGUAAAGCUUUCGUGUUUUUAUCUGUGUUUCAAACUGUAAAUUGACAUUAAUUCACACAAUAUAAUAUUUAUGUAUCAGAUUUGAUUAAAUAAGCCAAAUAUAACAUUUAGUAGAAUCCAAA